AUGCUAGUACUUUUGUUUAUUAGCGUUAAACUGAUAUAAUCAUGUAAAUCGUAAUUUUGAAUAAUUAGGCCUAUAUAGUUGUCAAACAUGCGAUACUUCAUAGGAAGUUUGUUCAAGUUGUCCAGCUACAAGAAAUUUGAGCAUUGAUGAAAAAGGAGUCAACGUAUGUUUAUGCAAACAAAAUUUUGUGGAUAUUGGAGGAUAGGAGUGCUUGAGUAAUUUGUUUUAUUGAAUUAGAAUGCCCUUCAUAUUGUGAGAAUUGUGAUCCUCAUGAUCCAUCUAAGUGCAUAAGUUGUGGGAACAAGGAGGUUACUCAUAGAGUUCUAGACAGUAAAUAAGCUUGUGUAUGUUAAUAAGGGUAUACCGAAGUUUGGUACACAUACAAUUGUUUAGGUAUUUUUGGUUAUUCUAUUUAGACAUGCAAUUUAAUGAAUAAAUUCUCUAAUUUUAAUAUAUUUUAUCAUAAGAAGAAUAUGUAAAUAAAUUGUAAAACAAAUUCCCUUACUCAUAAACGACUGUUUAAGGACUAGAGUAUUUGAUUUAAAGAGGAAUUAUGAAGGAUGAUUUUCAUUAAUUUCAAUAGAUUUCUACAUUAGAGUCAAAUAAGAUUAUUAAUCUGACGAAUCCAUUUGAGGGACAAGCUUAUAUGCAAAAAUUUGAUAAUUUAUUUGCUUUGGGAAUAAUGUAGACUCCUGGGUCAUCUUUGGCUUGGGCUGCUGAUCUAAAUGAAUCAAAUUACAAAGUAUAUAAAGGAGCACAAAUGUUAAAUUAAAGCAAAUGGAAUUUUUACAUUUGUCAAUUUCAAAUACGACAAUAUGUAGGAAAUGUUUUUUUAUAGAUUGCAUUGUCUGAGAACAACACUAUCACCAAUUAAGGUAAGAAUCGUUUGUUAGAAACUACAAAAGGAAAUAUGAAAUUAUGUUAUUAUCUAGCAUAUGAACAUGGCAAUUGGUUGCUUGAAUCUGAGUUGGAUUAGAUAGUCUUUGAUAUAUUAUACAUACUAUUUAGAAGACCAUCUAAUAGUUUAGAUUACUAUUUUAAUGGAUCAAAAAUUGUAAUUAGAUAAUGUUAGCCUAAUUAUAUUUUGUAAAAUGAAGAAUGUGUAUGUGAUAUUGAAAAUGGAUAUUUUCUAUACAAUAGCAUUUGCUAAUCGAAAUGUCCUAGUGAUUGUGUAACUUGUACUAAAGAAGUAUGUCUCUAACCUGAUCAUUCUAUCAAAUGUUAGGAGAAUUAUUAUUUAGAUACUGAAAAUAGUACAUGUUUAUCGUGUGAUUAAACAUGUCAAAUUUGUAUAAAUGGCGAUGAAUGUAUAAAAUGUAAAAGUGGACUAAUUCUAAUGAAUAAUGAAUGUUCAGCCUGUUAAGAAUUCUUGAAAUAGGCCAAAUGUGAUUAGUACGAUAAAGAUUGCUUUUGUAUAAAAUGCAUAGAGGGUUAUAAACUAAAUUAGCUAUCUUAGUGUAUUAAAUGUGCAUCUAAUUGUCAAUCAUGUAAUUUAGAAGAUCAAUGUGACAUUUGUAAAGAUGGUUAUUACUUAAAUGAUAACUAAUGUGUUUUAUGUCAAGAGAACUGUGUUUUAUGUUAGAAUUUGAAUUAAUGUAUAAAAUCUCAUAAUGGAUACUAUGUUGAAAAUGGAAUUGCAUUAUAAUGUACUAAUAACUGUCUAAUUUUCUUUAAUGAGUGUUAAUGUCAAGAUUGUCCUGAUCAAUACUAUUAAGACCAUAAUGAUUUGUUUUGUUAUCCAUGUCAAGAUAAUUGUUAAACAUGUUCAAAUAAACAAACUUGUAUAAACUGUGUUUCAAACUCAUUUUAUCUUGAUAAUUCUAAAUGCACACAAUGCUCAUUUCCUUGCUUAACUUGUUUAAGCUAGACUAAAUGUCUCUCUUGUGUUAAUGAUUAUUAUUAUUACUUAAAAGAGCAUCAAAAUUGUGUAUAAUGUCCAGCACCAUGUAUAACCUGCUAUUAUGAUUAGACUGCCUUAUGCAAUAGUUGCAUAGAAAGUUACUAUUUAUUUAAUUAGUAAUGCUAUGGUAUUAUAAGUUAUCUAAAUUUUAGAAUGUCCACUUUUUUGUAAAAAUAAUUGCAACUUUGAUCGUAUCAAUAAUCUGGUUCAAUGUGGGUAAUGUUAAACAGGAUUUUAUGCAACCCAGUUAAGCAUUCCAUUUGAAUGCAAAAAAUGUAAAGAUUAAUGCACAAGUUGUACUAAUGAAGAAUUAUGUUUGGAAUGUUCACAAGGGUAUAUUUUAAAUAAUGGAAAAUGUCAAAGUUGCAGCUAGCUUUAUUCGAAUCAAUGCAUAAGUUGCAAUAAUUUGUUUUGUUUAAAAUGCUAGAAUGGUUAUCAAUUGACAAAUGGUAAUUGCAUUAAAGAUCUAAUAAUUGAUGUCCCAAUUUGUCUUGUUGAAAAAUAGUACUAUAAUACAAUAAGCAAUACUUGUGAAUCUUGCAUUUAGAAUUGUAUAAUAUGCAAUACUUCAUCAACAUGUGUCAGAUGCGAUGAAUCAUAUUAUUGGAAAUCACAAAUUUGUGUUUCUUGUAAAUUUCCUUGUAAUACUUGUUUGAGUGACUAAUUUUGUUUGACAAUCUCUAAUCAGUUAUAUUAUAUUGACGAUGCUAUCACAGAUUUAAAUCAGAUAAACAGUUUCAGUUGUAAACCUCCGUGUAAGAAAUGCUAUUCUAAUGAAUAAUGCAUAGAUUGUGUAGAUGGAUUAUAUUUUGAAAAUAAUAAUUGUUCACAGUGUGAUACUACUUGUAAAACAUGUAAAAAUUAAAGUAGUUUUUGUACUUCAUGUAAUUCUGGAUAUUUAUUGCUAAAAAACAUUUGUUAUAAAUGCUUGGAUGAAAAUUGUUAAAACUGCAAUCCGUUUUGUGAGUCAUGUAAUCACUUAAAUGAUGAAUUCUACAAAUGCUAAUCUUGUAUUCCAGGAUAUUACUAAAUUAAUUAAGAAUGCCAACGUUGCAGUGCAUUUUGCGAGACCUGUUCAUCCUCAAGUGACUAAUGUUCUUCAUGUUUUGAAGGAUACUUUUUAACAACAGAUAUGAGAUGUGAAAAAUGUAAUGAAGGUUGCAAAUCCUGUUAGGUUUAAACAAAGAGUUGUACUGUUUGUGAAGAAGGAUACUAUUUAUCUGAGAUAAGUGAUUUCAUAUUUUAAUGUCUAAAAUGUGAUUAGGGAUGUAAAUCGUGUGAAGAAGGGGCAUGUUUAGUUUGUUCUGUUUCGUACUAUUUAACAGAAGAGAAAAAGUGUCUAUCAUGUGUUCAACCUUGUUUAAAAUGCGCUUCACUAACCUAAUGUACUUUAUGCGAAAAUGGAUAUUAUUUAAAUAAUGGAACUUGUGAUCGCUGUUAAUAAAAGUGUUUAAUAUGCUCAUCUUCUAAUGAUUGCUUGAGCUGCGAAAAUAGUUAUUAAUUAGUUGAUAAGCUAUGCGUUCAAUGUUCAAAGAAUUGUAUUAAAUGCAAUAAUGGUUAAUGCUAAUAAUGUGAGUAAGGAUAUUAACUAUAAAAUGAUGGUUAUUGCCAUCAAGUUUCAAUAAUUUGUAAUAUUAAGUAAUGCUCUCAGUGUGUGAAUGAAAGCUAAUGUUUAAGUUGUUCAAAGGGGUAUACACUAAAUACAACAAUUAAUGAGUGCUAAUUGGAUAAUCAAUUGAAAAAUUCAUUUCCAACUGAUAACAGUGGUAAUGAAAACAUUACUAUCAUUAUUAUUAUUGUUGGGAACUUUUCUAUAUUUAUACUGCUCUACUUGUAUAAAAAAUGGAAAGACUUGAAUAUAACUAUUAAACCAAAACAAAGAGAUGAACCCUAAUAUCCUGAGCUUCCGUUUACUUUGUCUGAGAAUCCCUGCUGA